UCCAGUUCGACCAUAAUCCAAGCGUCUACUGAUUUUCCAGGCCAGUUGUUAUUACACCCUCAGUUUCCAUAUUCAAGUGUGGCUCCUGAAUCCAUGUAUUCAUUGGAGGUCACUCCUGAAAAGGAUAUGACUGCAAACACGAACAGCCUUGUUCCUGAUAUAGAGUCAUCAAUAAAUUUAAGUGUCAACUCCCAUACUCAGAAAAGGAGAAAGUCUUCGGGUUCAUCUUUAGUCGACCUUCUCGAUGCAGAACAGUUUGACACUCCUGAUGCCGCAACAUCAUGUUGUGUCAGUACUGUGGCAAGCUCAGCCACAACUACAGUUGCGAAUCGCAGAAUUAACUUUGCUCAUAAGACUAAUUGUUCAGAAAAUGAAUGCAAGAGGUCCAAUUUUCCUCAUUCUCUCACAUUCAGUGAUCAUAAUGGGUCAUGUGUGUCUUCUGGUCUUGUUAUGGACAUGAGACUACAUAUCUGUUGUUCAUUCUGCAAAAUUCCAUUAGGUCUUCCUGAGAACAAUCUAUGUGUUUUGUGCUUAUCAACAACUUCAUCAAAAAUUCACUUGGCAUCUCUCUGGAAAUUGACAUCAGAACCUCGAGCCAUGAAUAUAUCAAGCAUACCUGUCUUGGUAUCUGACAUAUCAUCAGUUGAUCAGCGACUAUGUAACAGAAGUUCAAGUGGGGCUUCAGGAGAGGGAAUUUGGUGCGAAGAAGAUGGCUGUGUAUUCAGUACUGUUUUCUGCCCCUUCUGCAGUAAUCCCAAUAAUUGUCUUGGCGUACAGGUGAUGGCCACUGAUGCAUCAAACGUACAGUUACUCAACAAGAUACUGUUUUAUUCCAAUCGUUUGGAGAUUAAGAAUGUUGAUGCAUCAAAGGACAAGGAUCUAUCGCCAUCUAGUGGUUCUUACAUUGGUGAAAGAGGAGUUCUAAAUCCCAUUGAGAAAUUCUCAUACUUUCCCCCACAGAAGAGCUUGGGAGGGUGGAAGACUACAAAAUCAAAUGUUAGACUCAGAAAGCUUUGAGAUCUUAGGGUGAUCCAUUUUAGGUGCAAAGUAACAUCUUGAGUCUUGCAGAUGCGACUGCCAAAGAGGGGGCUUUCCACUGCAUAUGGACAGCCCUAACGAAGCCAAAAAGUCCUCUCCUCUCAUGGCCAAAGGCUCUGCAACACAUUGGAGAGCUUUUAGAUCCCGGUCUCAAACACUCUCGAUCCCAAGUGAUCCUCACUGUUACUGCCUUAAUAGAUGUGACCUUUGUGCAAUCAAAAGAAAAGCUAAAGACGUGACAACUGAUCCAUGUUAAAGGCAAGAGGCUGUCCAGCUCGAUGCGAUACUAAAUAAAGGAAUAGAUGUGACCUUUGUGGAUAUCUAUUUUUGUUGUAUUUGAUAACAUAGGAGAAGAGAGUAUGCUUCUUGGGACUGAUUGGAAGUUAGGGUAAGAUGUAGAGGUUCUCCAACAAACAUGCAGUUUAAGGUUGAAGAAAGGAUGGCCACUGUAAGAAGUGUGGAGUAACUCCUCUUUCAGUGGUGCUGAUACGAGUUUUGUUGCUGUUACAUGUUGGAUCACAAACCACUGCUUCCCGGAGAGAGACUUGUUGCAGUGUACUGUAACCAGAUGAAAUAGUACUUGAUCAGCAAUCUGUCACCUGUUCCCUCUGGGUCUUAACCCAAUGAGAUACCAAUUAACAAGUCAAUCAGCUAUCUGGUGUCUUGGUUUUCUACUUCAAGGUGAGCCAGAACUGAAUGUCUAUCAGGGCAUUUCUUGUGAUCAUUCUCUGGUCUAACUAGGUAUCAGUCUCUGAGGGCAAUGGCAGUUUGGUAGGGCAGCUGCAGGUUUCAAGCUACAGCUGAGCUGUUAUGUGCGAAGUGUUUCACUACUUGGAACCAGAACUUAUGCAUUUGAUACAUAAAGUGUUACCUCAGUGUUUGUGAGAUG